UAAUAUUAAAUUCAAAAACAUAAUGUUUUUUAAAACAAAAGAUCAAGAAACACGUAUGGAGGAAUUCCUUGAAACCAAGAAGGCGGUAGGAACGUGAACCCACGGGUCCGCGGGGAGUGUGACGACGGUCCUGAGGCUACAGUCCGUCGGCGGUGUAGUGCUCGCUAGUGUGCGUAGGUGUGUGCUCCGGGUUAGAGGCUUUUACACGUACGAGCUGACAAGCGUCUGUGAGCGACCGUUUUAUACAGAAGACUCGGUAAUGUGUGAGUAAGGCAGUGAGAGUCCGUAAAGUAGCGCGUUCCGGGUGUGAGUGAAGUAGCGGCUGUCAGUGAGUGCGCGCGCGCCGUCUCGGCUGGUUCGAACGGUUCAGUGUAUGCGGCCAUGCGCAUGUAUAUGUCUGUACGCGGUCGACAAGAUAUGAAGUAAAGGCGGUGGUGGAGGAGGACGAGGAGAAGAAGGUAGUAGUAGCGGUGGUAGCGGUGGCGGUAGUGGUGGUAAUGGUAGUAGUAUAGUGAUUGAAUGUGUGCGUGAUGCCUGCUCGGUUAUAUGGCUCGACAAGUCGCAGGCAGUUCAGUUGAGCAACUGAGUCUGAGUCCAUACGUGUGCAUGUGACGCGAAAGAGCGAAGCGGAAAGAAAGAGAGAGGGAUCGCGUGUGUAAUUCGAGUGAAAAAGAAAGAAAAAAAUGUAUAUUCGAAGAAGGAAAGAUGUCAAUAAUUUGGUGGUAUAGUGGUCGCGUUUCUUCGACUAUGAUAAAUAAGAAUAUCAUGGAACAUGCACCGAUGACGACGUCAUGACCGUGUCGUGGUAUUGGAGUCGCCAUCUCUCCCGGUUGGUCGGUCGGUCUACUGUGACGGAUUUUCGUGAUGUGAGUGCACGCGCAUUUGGUCGAAAGAGCCGACGAAAAUUACAGCAGUGGCAAGGGCAGUAGAAGCCCGGAUUGUUGUGGCGCGGUGCCGAUGGUUCCCGGGAAUUCGUGUCGACUCUUACGUUCAUCGUCAAUACUCACGGCAUAGGUGACACGGUGGAGUGGCGGUCUACGAGACCACGACGACAACACACCACAGCAACGAUGGCAUUCACAGCUUUAGUGUACAUAUGUGUGUUGCUACGCGUGCGCGUGUGAAGUCGCUCCGCGAGAAUGUUCUUUUGUGUGCGUACUAUUCGUUUGCUCGCUCGCUCGCGCCCGUUCGUGAGCUUUCUUGUGGGAACAUAGUUGCGUAUGGAACAUGUGUGCGUGCCAGUAUAUGUGUAUGCACGUGCGCGAACUUCUUGUAUUGUGUGUCAGUGACUCUCCAUAUUCACGGUGGAAGUAAGUGAGGUAGUUUCAUCGCUGUCACGAGUAUCCACUACCUGCCCUAGGAGUCUUACUAUACGAUGCCUAUAUCGUCUCUCGUCUAUUUAUACGACGACCAUACACGUACUUACCUCUCCUCCCUCAUCUUUCCUCACAGUCACUCUUUUAAUCUUCUUUCUCUUUCUCUUUAAUUCUCUUUCUCCUUUCUUAUUUUUCUCUUUCUUAUUUACUCUUUCUUCCUUUCUUUUACUCUUAAAGUUUCUCCAUCUCUCUUCUACAUUCACUGUGCUGCCCCACCAGUUUCCCCUUUCGUAUCGGCUCCCUUUCUCCCGCCUCUCUCCCCACGUCUUUCUUUUCUUCUGCCUCUUCCCUCACCUCGUGACGACAUCCGCGAACGAGCAAGCGACUCGGCUCGAAUCGCCUCGAGUCGAGCCGAGAGAGCCGCGCGCCGAAGUCCACCGUACACCCUCGUAUCCGUACUUACGUACACGCGGAAUGUGCUGCCAGGAAUUCUCUCUCACAAUGGAUUUAUUGUGUUAGUGAGUAACAGCAGCGUGUGCGCGAUAGUAUAUCGUGAGUGAGAGACGACUAGAAGACGCUGACCAGAACGACAACGACGACGAUUACGACUACGACGACGACUACGACGACGACGAUAACGACGACGACAACGACGACCAGGAGGACGACGAACAGAAAGAACGUGCGCGUCCGGCUUAACUCACGAGUCAAGAUGGAGCUAGUAGACGCGGUACGUGAAUUUCGCGAAUUCAGUGCGAUUUUUAGUAAGAAUUGUGCGCCUAAUGUACGCCAUAUAAAACCUAAUAUCGCGAUUUUUCCUCGCGUUUAUUGUGUAUUAAUUGUGCUUCAUUAUUUCCUUAGGAUUUUCUCUGUUAUUUUCGUAUCUCUAGUUAACACGACAUUUAUACUUACAUAUAUAAUAACAAAUUUUCGUGUCGUUUAUUUUUGCCGAGUCUUGAUUCGUACUCUAAACUCUGCUCUUCCUAACCUUUUGUGGUCCGUUACGCGUACAUAGUUCUCGAUGAAUUUCAGUCAAUUUGUAUAUAUACGUGCAUAUUAACGUUCUUUCAUUUUACCGUGUUCAUUGGGAUUUUUCUCAAAGUGUUUGUGUUAUUGUUGAAUGCGUUUCCAGAAUUUAGACGCUAAUACUCGUAUAUAAUAUAUCGGCUUUGCGCGGUACGAUUGAUCAUGCUGCGGCGGAACUGAAUGGAAAGUAACUCUUUGGGUGACUUAGGAUAAUAAUUGAGCAAGAUGGUUCUGUGCGCACAAAAGUGCUAUAAACGCAACCAGCAAUCAAGGAUUAUCAAUUCUAUGUAAUUCUUAAUGGUGCUAAGCCCUAGACAUUGACUAGAGGUACGAGACAAUUAAGAAAGAAGAGAAAAGUGUUCGCCUAAGAAGAGAAUUUUCGGAGGAGGAUGCUCGGCAGUUGGGGCUGGGAAGAAGAAUUGGAGUUGGGAGAGGGAACAGCAACCCUGUCACAAGAUAGACAAAGACGAGAGAGCCCAGACUCGACGCAUCCUGUCCCCGACAGCCGGGUGCUGAGGUAUGCACCCAGCCGGUGUCACCACCCUCCCAGCUUCAACUCGCCACAUUUCAGCACACAGCCUCCUCUCGACUGUACAGACUAGCAGCGUGAGGUGGCCAAAAUGCUGACUGCUCACUCUGAGAUGCACGAAAAACGGGAUCCCCUUGGAAGCGGACAAUAUGGAGCAGGCGGGGGUGGUGGCGGCAGUUCGAUUGAAGAAAAAUCUAUUCCGGAACAACCACCCCCGCCGCCGGUGCCUCCUCAGCGGGAUCCGUCUGAUCCAACGAUCAGUGCUAAGAAACUUCCAAAGAAACGAAAAUAUGAUUUAUCGGAGCUUGAGGAAAUGGAUAAAAGCAGCAAUGUAACAAGAACCGUAAAUAAUAUGGUAAACAUACGGGCACCGAAUAUGCCACUCAGUCAAUCAGGUUUAGUUCAACAGUCAACUUCAGCAACUCGGCAAUCUCCGCAACAAGAAUCCGAUUGUUAUCAAGUAUCCUCGGCACAUUCAGUGGUAGUUUUACCACCUCAAAGUACAGCAGUGGAUUAUUCUGUUCGAGAGGAACCUUUACGUCCUCGUCCUCGGCCUGUUGCUAUUGAUCUCAGUGAGUGGCGCGACCACAGAGUGUUAGCUUUAAGGGAUUCAUAUUAUUAUCCAGGUGUUAUUCGUAAUGUUGUUCAAGGAGAAAUUUAUAUUGAGUUUGAUGGAGAAAGAAAACUAAUGCGUUAUACUGACGUUUUGGGUGCGGGAAGGUACGAUGUGAUAGGUGAUGCGAGCCCUUCGGUUGGGCAAGUGACUUUAGAUGCAAAAGUUUGUAUCAAGUGUCCAUCAAACAAUCAUAUUGAUGCGGCUAAAGUGUUUGUAAAAGGGACAGUGUGCAAGAUUUUAUCAAAUCCUAAGCGUUUUGUUGUUAAAAUAUCAAGGGAAGAUGAUCGAAAUGAUAGUUAUGUUGUGACACGUGCGGAUCUACGAUUAGUGCAACCUCCUUGGUGGGACGAAUUAGAGGAAGGACUAGAAGACUGUGAUUCUGCGAGGGUCGAAGGAAUUGAACAUGGCUAUCGAAAUUCUUCAGAAGCUCCAACUGCAGUGCCAAUUUUGCAACUUCAUCACACUUCUCAUCAUACAUCUCAUAUAUCAACUCAUAGUGACACAGGUGGUUAUUAUAGAACGACUGGUACUAGUCCUCUCAUGACUUUAGGCACUUCUGCACAUCCUGCCACUACAGCAUUAAGUAAUGGAAGUCGACCGUAUGAUGAUUUAGAAAGUGAAGAUGACUUAGAUAGGGAAGAUAUUACAUUCCCUUCAGAUGCAGAUGCAAAAUUGUCAGGGAGCAGUAAACGAAGCAGCAUGCAAAGUCGAGGAAGUACCAGUAGUUUAGUUGAACAACGCAGUAUAACUCCUCGUUCUCAAGCAGCCACGCCCAGAUCUCAGGCGGCAACGCCACAUAGAUAUAAAAAAGGUGAUGUAGUGGCUACACCAAGUGGAGUUAGAAAAAAAUUUAAUGGUAAACAAUGGCGUAGACUUUGUAGUAAAGAAGGAUGUUCCAAAGAAAGUCAACGAAGAGGAUAUUGUUCUCGUCAUCUUAGUUUGAAAGGAUCUUGUCUUAGAGGUCCGACAAAUACUUUUCCUGGUGGCAAAAUGGAUGGUGAAGAAACAUCUAGAGAUUCUGAUACUUCUCCAAAUUAUGGAGAUAAAAGAAUUGCUGGUCGAUUUGAUCCUGAUGAAACUGAAGCUGCUAAUAUGCUUGUUUCCUUAGGAAGUUCUAGAUCGGCAACACCAGCUUUCUCUUCACCAACAGGACAAUCUUCGAUAUCUCCUUGUAUCAAUCAAUCUCCAGUACCACCCUUGGGACUGAAUCAAAACAAUGUGUUUAUGCCUAUUUCAAGUCCUGCUCAUCAUGCAACUCCAUUAAUCUCGCCUGGUGCGAAAUGGAAACAUUCACCUACUCAAUCUACUUUCCUUACUCAAUAUCAACAGCAAGUGAUAAAACCUGAACCGAAUCGAGUGGUUAGAUCGAAUCGUUCAGCUCCAACUGCCCCAGUUCCUGCUAGUAUAGGAACAAGCGUGAUAAGAAUCUCUCCUGUAAGUCGUGGUAUACCAGGAUCCAAUCUAACUUCAUCAUGGUCAGAACAAAGCCCACCGCCGCGGCAUCCAUCGGUUGUGACAACUAUAGCUCAACAACAACAAGGCAUCAUUCUUCAACAUGCACUUACAACGAAUAAUGGUUUUCCUAAUCAUUCUGAAAUUUCAGAACAAAAUUCACAAAUAUUAAAACCAUCUCAUUCACCUCAUAUGCCACUAUCUACAUCAACACCACAAAAUUUGACUCUUCUACAUAAUAAGCCUUUGGAACAACCUGUUGAUUAUGCUCAACCACAAACGCAAAAUCAGCCAAUUUAUGUGAUGCAGCAUCAACAUGAAAAAAAGUAUCUUGUGAUAAAAAAUAGUAUGGACGUAUCUGCAGCAGGCCAUAUAACUAAUCAAGAUGAUAAAUAUAGACCAGCAUUGAUGAAUCACUUAGGUCAACUUCCAGCAACAUUACAUCAAACGCAAUGUCAGCCUCCGCAAUCACCUGCUGUUUCAUCCGUCCAUGUCGACAAAUUAUCAGUUUUACAAGCAAAUAAAGUGGCUACACAUGUAUCUACUCAUAUGGAUAUGCAAAGAACACAACCACCCCCUACGAGUGUUGUGAUGACAACUACUGAAGCUUCAAAUCCACCUACUCCAACAAGUGUCUUCCAGCAUGUAAUUGUACAACCUGGGCAUUUGGUACAGAUUCCUAAAACGCAAUCAUCUAGGGAAGAAAAUUCUAAAAAUAAUGGAGUUCUGUAUGGUAGUCAUGAUGUUCCUCCUGCAUACCAGUCUCAUCCUCCAUCAUUAUUGAAUAAUGCAGGGCGUAACUGGAAAAAAGCAGCUUUUCCUUGGCAAACAACAGUUUUGGAUCAAUCAGAAGUGAGUCCUCCACCAUCUGCAUUGAGUCCACCAUUAAGUGCACCUCCAAUUCCAAUUAGUAUGAGUACACCUGGUGAAGAUGGAUCUGGACCAGGACCAGAUCCAAUAACUCCAGCUGAAGAAGAAGAUGAUGAUGUUUUUGAAACAGAACCCACAACUCCUGCAGAAGUUGAAGCUAAUGCUAAUAAGAGACGCAGUCAAUCCCUUAGUGCAUUGCAUUCCAAGGAACCACAGAGUCCUCUUAAAACUAAAGAUAGAAUACGCCGACCGAUGAAUGCAUUUAUGAUUUUUUCUAAACGACAUCGUGCAGUAGUGCAUCAAAGACAUCCGAAUCAAGAUAAUCGUACUGUGUCUAAAAUAUUGGGGGAAUGGUGGUAUGCCUUAGGACCAGAAGAAAAACAAAAAUAUCAUGAUCUUGCAUCAGAAGUGAAAGAAGCACAUUUUAAAGCGCAUCCAGAUUGGAAAUGGUGUAGCAAAGAUAGGCGAAAAUCUUCAACGACAAGUUUUAAAGGUAGCGAAUCUCGAGGAAAAUUAAAUAGUACUGGAGAAGAAACGGAUAUGGGACCACCAGCAGAUGAUGUACCAUUAACACCAAGAGCUACAGACGAAAUUACUGUUCCCGUUACUACGGUAUAUAAUGAAGCUCCCACGAUUGAGGUUAUUAAUCAGUCACAUACACAUCGAAUAAUGGAAAUGCCUUUACCAGUUGAAAAUACAGAAUCUGAUUUAAAACAGGACGAAGAUGGUAAUGCGUCAGAUGAAGAUCAAAUGGUAAUCUGCGAAGAUCCACAACCUGAAAUAGAUUUAAAAUGCAAAGAUAAAUUGACAGAUAGUGAUAAUGAUGUACAAGAUGAAGAUACUGAAAAGAAAUGUUAUAUGCAAUCACGAUUCUCACCUGUAACUGGUCAGAAGAGAGAAGCAAUAAAUGUUAAACAAGAAAUAACCUGUAGGCCUAAACCAAUAAAAGCACGAAUACCUUCAACAGGUAUUGAAACUACGACGAAAUAUCAUCAUACUUCUAUGGACAAAGGAGGAAGCGUUUCUGUUUUACCCAGCACAUAUCCUUAUCAUAGUCCUGUUAAUCCAACUGGAGUAUCAGGUUUUCAACCUACAGGCGGAGCCUUUAUAACUAUGCCAAUAUCUCCAAAAGUCAUUAAACCAGAACCAGUAAAAAAUGAGCAACAGUACAGUACUCAAUAUAGUAUGAGUAAUUUGGUAGCAAGCAUUCAUGAAAAUGGAAGAAAUAUACCUAAAUUUACGGCUGCUCCGGUAUUACAUUCUCAGCCGUUGCAGUCUUUAGGCACUAUUCUUCGCCCCCUUACUUCAGCUGUCCCUUAUCAACCAUCGUUCACUCUAACAUUGCUCGAUAACGAUUUGGUGGCUGUUUCCAAACCGCAGCAGGGAUCACAGUAUCUUGGUCCAACACCACCUCAUUCCCGGAUGUAUUGUGGAUUUCAUAUACCUAUUUCUGAUGCUGGCAAUCGUAAUAUAUCUUCCCAAGCUUUAGUUUCUGGCAAUAAAAUGGAAACCCAAAGUGUAAUAGUGACCAAACCAUAUUCAAUUCCAACAACUUCCACUACAUCAACUUAUCGAGGAAUUGGUCAUCCAAUAGCUCGUCUUGCAGAACCCGAAAAAAAUGAAAAUCAAAUAGGAAACAAUCAUGCCCAAUUUUAUGUAACUAAUGUAAAAUCUGAUCAAGAAAGAAAAGAUACUGUGAAUAUUCUUUUAUCUGCUACAAAUGAUAAACAUAAACAGCCAUCUCCACACACUCCUCAUACACCUCUUAGUAAUCAUGGUAGUACUGAAAUUCCCACAAAUAAAUCAUAUUCUAUGGAUGAAACACAACCUAAUGAUAUAGGUCCAAGUAAAGGUCCUUUUAUGCUUGCUCCAACUCCAGCACAACUUGGUCGCGCACCGUUACAAAGGAGACAGUCAAUGGCAAUGCCUCCCACAUCAAAUGCAGGAGACCAUGGGCCUUUGACUUCUCAACAUUGUGAUAAUCGUCCACAAACAAACACAUCUCAAGCUACAGAACAAAUACAACAACAACAAAAUUUUUCAGAAUCUCAUGCUUCGCCGUCACCAUCUACCAAGAAGGGUUCUUUUUUCAAGAAAAAUGUCGAAGAUGGAAUGGACAGAGUUCUGGAGCAAGUAAAUUUCCAAGAAAAAUUCUCAUCUUUACCAGAAUUUAAACCAGAAGAUAUACAAAGUCCAAGUGCAAUCAGUAUCAACACAGUGGGUUCAUCUGGUCAUGGUUCAGUAGUAACAUCUGGUUUACAUCCAUCAAAUUUACAAUCAUCGAUACAAAUGCAAAGUUACAGAAAAAAAUCCGCGCAAGGACCUCAUAGGCCCACAAUGAAUGAGGAUGACAUCGAAUCAGAUACAUCAAUAUCUGCUACUCCAAAAUCAACUUCUAGUGUCAAGUUGACAGGAAAUACAUUCUUUGGUCCAGAUUUUAACGUUGAUGCAUAUAGAACUAAUACCGAUCUAGUAGGAGAUGUUGAUGCUAGUUCACCCAGAACACCAAAAACACCUGGUGGAGGUGCCGGAAAUUCUGUAGGAAUUGGCAGAAGUGAAAAUGAACGAGGUCAUAGGAAAGUACUAGAACAACGUCGACAUCUUGUAAUGCAAUUAUUUCAAGAACAUGGUUACUUUCCUUCAACACAAGCUACUACAACUUUUCAAGCAAAACAUUCAGAUAUAUUUCCUAAUAAGACAAGUUUGCAAUUAAAGAUUAGGGAGGUCAGACAAAAAUUAAAAGCUAACUCUACACCUAUGAGUGCUAACAGUCUAGUUAGUCCACUACCUGUUUCUGAAUCUUCACCUAAUAUAACUGGACCAUUGACUGCUCCUCCUACAUCGAUGGGAGCUCCACAUUCACUGCCUGUAAGCAGUAGUGGUAGCUAGCGCCCACGUGCCAACUGUGAUACUAUGCAUCCCCUUACUCCACAACAUGAGUACAUCAUUAUUCAUUGAAAAAAAGGAAAGUUUUUAUUGGAAAAAUUGUUGAUGUACAAGUUUUAGCGAGUUGUAAAGUGCUGCAAGGCUUUAGUGCAAUUCAAACUUUGAUAUAACCUGGUGCAGGUAACUUAGACAGGCAUAUCAAGGUGAGUCGAUGUACGUAUAUCAGUAAUAUCUUUAUAUUGUAUAUAAAAAAAAUAUCGUAUCGAGUAUUUCUCAAGAUUACUAAUGUUGACUUAAAUGUGUGUUCGAGUAUCUGUGUUCUAUUGGGAUAUGACAUAUAAAAUUGUGAAAAUUCGCGUGAUAAAGAAUUUACUGUAUUUUAGUAACGAUAACGCUCAUUAGUAAAUUAAAAGCUCAACUUAAAAAUUUAUCAUAUUAUCUUGUUUAGUAACAAAAUGAGAAAAAAUAAUAUAAUGACAUAAAGUAACUGUUUCGCGUUACGAAAUAUUUAAUUCGAAAAAAGAGCUUUCUUCUCUCAGAAGGAAAGACAAUACUCGUCUGCAUUCUAAAUCCAAAGAUGAUUUAUGAAAUGGUAAUAUAGAAAUGAAAAAAUUAUUUUACUACGUUAUAAAGUUACAACUCAUAGUUGUACAAUUCCAAAUAUGCACGACUGAUAUUUGUACAUCGAUAUACCUUGCAAGGAUUAUGAAAGGCCUAAGCCAUUGUUAAACAUUGUUAAAAAUACUAUGAGAUCCAGUAGAAAGAAAAAAUGAAUAUGUGUGAUAUAGAAAAUGAAAUUUCGCGUGAGUGCAGAAUGUGUAUGGGUGUUUUUGAGAGAAAGAGGAAGAGAAAGUCGUAAUCAGAGAGUAUUAGAAUUAAUGAAACAUUAUAAAAUGAAAUCAGAGUUUAUAUACUUUAGUUAUUCUUUAUAUAUGAUAUAGAUAAAAAAGAAAAAUAUAAAAGGAAGAACUGCGAUAAACAUUGCACAAAAUUUAUGUAAUGCAGUCAACAAAUAUGUUUAUUUUACUUGUAAAUACUAUGGCAUGAAUUGGAAUGGGAGAUAUCUGGAGAGUUUAAAGUAUCUAUGAUGCUGUGUCUGACAAUUUUAAGACGAAAGCAUACUUUGGUGAUUCAUAGAUUAUAACAGUGGAGACAAAAAUCGUGCCAUUGUGCGGCGACAAACAAGGGAAUGCAUGCGUAAUAAAUCCCUUAAUAGUAAAGAAUUAAUUGUUAGACACCACUUGAUAUAGAUAAUAUGUAAUAUGUUUCCAAUAUUCUCGAAAGUACUUAUUUACUGUUUUUAGACCUCUGCUCAAAUUCAACGCGUUGAAUUUGUGUUUUAUAAGCAUUUUAAAGUUGAUCUGCUGAUGCUGAAGUUAUUUUUUUCUUUUUUUUUUUCCUUUUUUUUUUUUUUUGGCCAAUUUAGAUAUAAGCGGUUUUAUAGAGGCCGUAUUUUUUUCUUUUUUUUUUUUUUUUUUUUUUUGGCCAUGACAAAUUAUUUGUUUUUACCUUUAGCAUGUCAUAAUCAAAUGAGUGUGUGAUCUAAUGAAAAAUUUGCAAAUAUAUAAAAUUUAAUAUUACCAUCGAGCGCCGAGAUAAGAAAAAAAAGUGCCGAGAAGAUUUACUGAAUAUAUUGUUGCGAUUUGAGAAUUUUGUUACUAUGCUUUUAAUGGAACUCGUGUUGUUCAUUACGCAAAUUAUAUAUAUAUAUAUAUAUAUACAUUAUAUGUAUAUAACGUAUUUCGUUUAUUUUAGUGCAUUUUAUCAAUCAUAUGAUUGCUUUUACGUUAUAAAAAAUUUCAUAUCUCUAAUAGAAACGCGUUGAAUUUUAGCGGAGAUUGUUGAAUUUGGCUGUAAAAUAGAUUAUGUAAUUAGUAAUAUGUUUAUAAAAAAAAGCGCACUUUGAAAGGUUUAAAAAAGUCUCGCGCCACGGCACGCAUAUUAAUAGUUAGGAUAGAAACAAUGUCUAUUCUACAUAUUUUGUAAAUAGAAAACAAAUAUAAUAUACCGAAUAUAUAUUAUAUAAAAUUUAGGAUAUCAUCCGAAACGGUAGAGUAGAGCAUUGUAAUUUGUAGAAUAAUAAUUAUAAUUGAGAGCGCGGGCAGGAUUAGAAAGAAUACGA